AUGUGUCUCUUAAUGGAUAUGGUUUUUUCAAGCAACGUAAGAACUCGGCGAGUAGAAUCCGAAAAUGCCAGAGGCGUGGAAUCCACUGGUUCACGAGAAAAGAUUAGAGAAAAGUGUUCUCGUAAGACAACAAAUUUUAAAAAGCCAAUUUCGGUGGAGGAAAGACUUAUCGUCACGUUAAGGUACUUGGCAACAGGAUUAGCGUUCAGACAAAUAGCAUUAACGUUUAAAAUUUCAAAAAGUGCCGUUUCAGCUAUCGUUGUCGAAGUUUGUAUGGCCAUUUGGGAAGCACUACACGUUAAGCACAUGAGUGUACCUAAUGUUGAGAAAUUCGAAGCGAUUGCGAAUGAAUUUUACAAGAAAUGGAAUUUCCCCCACUGCUUAGGUUGUAUCGAUGGGAAACACAUAAGAGUUAAACGUCUUUAUUCUAUCGUUCUGAUGGCGGUAGUAGAUGCCAAUUACAAAUUUAUAAUGGUCGAUCUUGGUCCAUACAGAGAGGACAGCGAUGGGGGUGUGUUUGGCAAUUCGCAAAUAUUUUCCGAAUUGGAAAAUGGUAAUUUAAAGUUGCCUUCCAGUCGACGAUUGCCCGAUUCGAGUGUAGAAGCACCUUUCGUGUUUGUUGGCGACGAGGCGUUUCCCCUUAAGCAGUAUUUAAUGAAACCAUUUCCGGCUAGGCAAGCAGCAGAUUGCAACGAGAAGUUACAAUUUAAUUAUCGUUUAUCGCGGACAAGAACGGUAGUUAAGUGCGCGUUCGGAAUCAGCGCGACGAAAUUCCGCAUUUUGUUAAAACCGAUUGAAACAAAAGUUGAGAAUGCUGUAUCCAUCGUCAAAACAUGCUGUCUGUUACAUAAUAUAACAACUGAUUUGGAAAACGACAAGUUCGGUUAUAGUGAUAUCGAGAAUUCCUAUUUAAAGUUGAACCACUUGUCUUACUCCAGAAGAAAUAACAGAUCAACGAACGCAGCGUUGGAAGCACUCGUACGCGCGAUGGCAAGACAAACUACGAUAACAGUAUUCUAAACGUUACUUUGCAGUAUCGUUAGUACAAAUUUAACAGCGUUUUGCUACGUUCGUUUGUUUGAAAGUGUCCGGAACUAUUAUAAA